AAUAUUUUUUCUCCAACCCUAAUCCGUACACGGACGGACACUUUAGUUUCCGGUGACACUUGUCCCUUCCAAGGACGCAAUACACGAGAGGAAAUAGCCUCAUACAUCAUUCUGGCACCAGUAAUUAUUAUGUAUUAUGUAGGCUCGUAGAAAAUACGCUUCGUGCAAUAAGGUGGUUACGUUUCUUAUCACAGUAAACCUAACCGGAAUGUAGGCACGACGACAGUAAAACAAAACAUAGGCAAUAAAUUCCAAAUAACUCAUUUAUGAUACCAUCAACGUAUUCAUAUAUGAAGAAAAUGGCUGAACGAAACAAAGGAAAUUGCCUCAACUUAAGUAAUACAAAGUUUAUGCAGAUAUUAUCAGAGAACGCACUUUUGUUCGGUUUGAUAGAUGAUUAUGAUGAAUCGCAACAGUAUGCGAGGGAGUUUUUCCGGCUCCGUCAAAUUACAUGGCGUCGUCGUUUGUUUUCGUGCGGAGGACCACUUUCUGGAGGCUCCACGCAUUUCCCGGAGGUAGGCUGGGGGUAUAUAAGGAGGUGUGGAGAUGGCGCGGGCCCAGACCUCAGUCGGCCUCGGGCGCGCGCGGUCCUGGCUCGGGAAACUCGCGGGACGCGGCAAAACUUUCCACGCGACCGCCGCGCGUGUGGCGUCCUCACAGUAAUCCUCUUGCCUCUUUUCGCUGGAUGCUGACUCGGACGUUGCGUCACCACAGUUCCCUUUUGUUGUUCAACCCACGAAUAGUACAAAGAUAUCGAACUUAGACAAACAAACGUAUAUUUUAAAAGGCGCUAGAAGAAAAAGUCGUAUUUUGGGUAAUAUAUUUAUAUGUGUGGACGCUAUCGGGAGGAUGUAUAGUUAGGACGGGACGAUGUGAGGGGUUGUAAUAAAGUAGCGGUAUCUGCGGUUGAUCGGGGGUAUGUGUGAGGACAAGGAGGAGGUGCGGGGCGCGGGGGAGGGCAGCCCCCGGGUGCCGUGCUGGCGCCGCCGCGCGCCCGCGCCGCUGCCCGACACCCGCGGCCUGUGCUGCGCCAAGCUGCUACGGAAGAACGGGAAGCCGAAGAAGGUGCUGCUGUUCCCGGAGGAGGGCUGGGCCCGCAGCGCGUCGUCGUCCUACUGGACGCUGCAGCCGAGCUGGUGGCGCCGCGAGCGCUGCAAGGUCGUCGAGGUCGCCGGCACCAGGAGGCACAGCACGCACGCGCGCAUGGUGGCGAGCGGCGGGAACGCCGUGCACGUCGUCGGCACCUUCAAGCACAUGGGCACUGACGCCGACUUUAAGCUCUACCUGACGACGAACGUGACGCAAGCUGACUUCAACAUGGGCUACACGAUGACGGGGACCCUGGAGCGCGGCUGCCGGUCCACCAACACCUUCCAGGUCACGCACUUCGCGGUCCUGCGCCGCUGCGACCACGACGCCACGCAUCUCAAGAACGCGUAGGACGCACUGGCUGGAAAGAACAUUUUAGAAGAAAA